UAACGAGCGUAAGAUCACGUGCCUGCGGGUUCUCCCUGAUGACCGUGUCGCUGGAGUCGAGUUAACUUCAUCUGUGUUUGUAAUCCCAGUGACUAAAGGAGUGAGCAAGAAGUUCUGACUGACUACUGCAACAAUUGCUUGACGUGCAGGAGGCAUGGAGGUAAAGCUCCGCACAUUCCUCGCCUCGGCACCGGACUGAAACGGCUGGUGUCACUGGCGGCAUCCUCAAAGGCCAGAGAUCAGAAUUUAAUGGAUGCCACAGAAUUGCUAUUCCAUGCAGACAUUUGAUGAUGAGCAGAAUGAUCCGUAACAGAGCAUUGCUGGUUCGGUGUCCCUGUUGUCCCAUCAGACCUCCUGUACUCCCACUAAUUCCAGCUUCUGUUGAUGCUGUUUUCAAAGAACCUGGCCUACAAAGACUUGCAACAUUCCAAGUUCCAAGUCUCUUGUCCGCUUCAUGUUGCAAAGAAUCCCCAAGUCAGAGCCCUCUGCAACAUUUCAUAACAUGCUGGUAUUUUCUGACAGCCCAACACCCAGGCUGGAGGACCACCCUUCGUUGACAGUCGGUGACUGCUUCUGCAUUAUAUUUGCGGUAACCUCUACCAGUCUUCCCCACCCACAACCCGUGGACGCAUCCCUCCGUGGUGACAAGGGCCCGACAGACUUUACAUUGGCCGAAGAAUAAGCUGGACCCAAAUUUCAGAUCCCCCAUUUUGUUUUUUCCCACGACGAACUUAUUACGUCAUUACAGUGUAAUUUCUCAACAUGACACGCCAUGCAAUGCAUUACUCGUGGGACCACAUCGUAUUUCGUAACUUUCGUAGUUUGCCCGUUACCGCCUACAAACGUGAUAACCCGUCGCACGCUCAGCUGCAAGUGUCUUAUCUGCCAGUCUAAGCCGGAUUGUGGUUCGCUACCCACUAAUGGACUCAGGACCAUGUCCCUUCUGAUGUGCACGCUGCUGUUUGUGAGGAACCCAUGGCAGUACCUGUUUAACUUCAGACAUACCACCAUCUUGUAGAUGAGCGCAGUGGCACCCUUUGAGCUCAUGAUGUUGCCAAGUUAUUCCACACUUUACCCUGCCUACGUAUUGAUGGACAUUGUGAGGGUGGCCUUGUGCCCAUAUGUGGGCUGGAAGAAACCUGAUCCCGGAGACUGACACCGGCUUUUUCUCCUUUGCCACGGCAAGAGUUGUCCAGACUGAUAGCUGUGUUAGUGUUUUGUGUAUUCUGUUAAGUGUGUGCUGCAGAACUGUGUGUAUUGUUAAUACGUAAUAUCAGUAUGCCGGGAACACCCAAUCCAUUCAAGCUGGACUUUCACAGCAACCCGUACUGCCAGGUGAACAAUGCACAGCAUGACCAGAACAUGGAGCUCCUCAAAGGAGCUCAGGAGAAUAAUCAUGGCCCCCCACCACUGCAGUCUGGCAUCAACUACAUCAACCCAGGGGAAGAGGACCAGAUGGAAGUGCAUGGUUACCGGUGCCAGCUUCUGCUGACUUCCAUCACAUGGCUUCUGAUCGGGCUGACCGGCGGUGUGCUGCGCCUUGUGUUCCACUGGUGGCCCCAAUGGAUGCUUUAUGCUACGCACAGAAAGUGUCCGCUCAGAACUGCUGACAAAGUUCUUGUUGUGGAGCUGUACCAGAACAAUCACAAGUGUUUCUAUGUGAAGUCAGUGGAGACCGUUUCUUACGAUAGCAACACGCAGACGGAACAUCCCGUCGCGUGGGAUGACCAGAUGCUGACCGACAUGAAGGGCGUCAGUGACGUGAAGCUGUCGGUGCACCUCUCAGGAGGUGUCUUCAAGGAGUUGCCAUCGUUGCGUCUGUUCCGCUGCAAGAAACUGAUCUAUGUUUGGGAUGAAGGCCGUGGAGAGUUCCUCAAAUUAUGUGGUCUAGACAGAGACAUCAGCACUUCAGCGUUACACCAGCAGGAGGGUCUUUCAGCCCAUCAGCAGGGCACGAGGCGCGUGGCGUACGGUUGCAACGAGAUAAAUGUUCCUAUCCAGGGCAUAAUCACACUCCUCUUCCUGGAGGUGCUGAACCCAUUCUAUGUGUUCCAGCUGUUCUCAUUCUGCUUAUGGUUUGCUGAUGAUUACAUGUAUUACGCAUUGGCGAUCCUGGCCAUGUCUGUGUUUGGUAUUGUGAUGGCAAUCAUGCAGACUCAAAAAAACCAGCGGAACCUACGCAGCACAGUGCACUCCUCUGAUGUGGUGACGGUGAUACGUGGUGACACAGGCAAGAUGGAUACGAUACCUACUGAGCACCUUGUCCCAGGGGAUGUGAUGGUGGUGCCCUCACAUGGCUGCGUGAUGCACUGUGAUGCUGCCCUCCUGACGGGAAAUUGCAUCAUCAAUGAGAGCAUGCUCACAGGAGAAAGCGUGCCAGUGACCAAGACGCCGCUGCCAAACUCGGACGUACCAUUUGAUGACAAGGAGCAUGCUCGCCACAUUCUUUUCUGUGGGACUCAAGUGAUUCAGACGCGAUAUUUUGGUAGUGAGCAUGUGCUGGCCGUGGUGAUACGCACAGGUUUCUCAACUGUGAAAGGGAAUCUAGUGCGUUCCAUCAUGUACCCCCCACCCGUUGACUUCAAGUUUGAACAUGACUCGUACAAGUUUGUGGAGCUGCUGGCAUGCAUCGCCAGUGUUGGCUUCAUAUACACUGUCAUCACUAAGUUCAUGCGAGGAAUUAGCGUGUCUGACAUCGCAGUGGAAUCGCUGGACCUGAUUACUAUUGUUGUACCACCAGCCUUGCCAGCAGCCAUGACAGUUGGACGGUUAUAUGCUCAGAACAGGCUUCAGGCAAAGAAUGUAUACUGCAUUAGUCCACGUACGAUCAAUGUGUCUGGCUCCAUCAACUGUGUGUGUUUUGAUAAGACUGGCACCCUGACAGAGGAUGGGUUGGACAUGUGGGGCAUAGUGCCUGUGUCUAACAGGAAGUUCCAGGUGCCGGUAAAGAACGUUGACAAGAUGGACUACAGGGAGGAGUUCCUGGUGGGCAUGGUGACAUGCCACUCCCUUACCAUUAUUGACAGUAAGCUGAGUGGUGACCCACUUGACCUGAAGAUGUUUGAGUCCACAGGCUGGUUGCUAGAGGAGCCUGAAGUGAGUGAUACUUCAAAAUAUGAUAUGAUCUUCCCGACAGUGGUGAAGCCGCCGAGUUCAAGCAUUGUGCUGCAGAGUGUAGAUGACAUUGAGUCACCACUGGAGAUUGGCAUCGUGCGCCAGUUUCCAUUCUCUUCCAGCCUGCAGCGCAUGAGUGUCAUUACGAGAACUCUCGGGGCAUCGCAGUUUGAGGCCUACUGCAAGGGUUCCCCUGAGAUGAUAUUGUCCCUGUCCCAGCCAGAGACAGUGCCGGCAGACAUGAGCUCGGUACUUGAGGAGUACACGCAGGAGGGCUACCGUGUGCUGGCUCUGGCAUACAAAUGGCUGCCUCGCAUAAGCUAUCUGAAGGUGCAGCGCGUCGCUAGGGAAGAUGUGGAAUCAGACCUCAUAUUCCUGGGACUCAUCGUCAUGGAGAACAGGCUGAAGCCAGAAACCAAUGGCAUAAUUGGUAUGCUGCAUAAUGCCAGCAUCAGAACCAUCAUGGUGACAGGUGACAACAUGUUAACUGCGCUGAGUGUGGCACGUGACUGUGGGAUAAUCCCAUUAGGACAGCGGGUUGUGGUGGCUUGCGGGCUCUCAAGCUACUCGGGACAGCCCGCUCAACUACUUUACACCAAUGCCAGCAGUAACAUGCCUCCGCCUCCAACUGCGCACUGCGCUGGUGACCUGCCCAACAGUUCCAGUGCCAUCAGUUUUGAGACCCUCGAGUCAGGCGCCCUCAGUCCCGCCGAUGAUGACAGUGCAGCCACGACAGGCAGCAGCUACUGCUUUGUGAUGACAGGAAAGACCUGGUCAAUUGCCAAGACUUACUUCCCGGAUACAAUCCCGAGCUUGGUGACGAGAGGAACGGUGUUUGCAAGAAUGAGCCCAGACCAGAAACAGCAGCUGGUCCAGGAGCUGCAGGCCCUGGGAUACUACGUGGCCAUGUGUGGCGAUGGUGCUAAUGACUGCGGAGCGCUGAAGGCGGCGCACACUGGAAUUUCACUUUCUGAAGCAGAGUCAUCUGUUGCUUCCCCUUUCACAUCUAAAGAGGCAAACAUCUCGUGCGUUCCGAGGGUCAUAAGAGAGGGCCGCGCAGCUCUGGUGACGUCAUUUGGCAUCUUUAAGUACAUGGCGGCGUACUCGCUGACACAGUUUGUUACCGUGAUGAUCUUGUACUCCAUUGACAACAACCUCACAGACAUUGAGUAUCUCUACAUUGAUCUGUUUGUCAUCACUGUGUUUGCUUUCUUUUUUGGUCGCACAGAAGCAUUUGAAGGCCCACUAGUGAAACAACCCCCAAUUCUUUCCCUUAUCUCCCUUUCUCCAAUCUUGUCCCUGUUGAUGCAGUUAGCGGUGGUGAUUGCGGUGCAGUGGGCGUCAUUCUACUGGGUACAACAGACGCCCUGGUUUGUCCCGUACAACUCGACAGCCGUCGAUGAGGAUGACAGCAUAGCGUGUUUUGAAAAUUAUGCCCUGUUCUCAGUCUCCAGUUUGCAGUACAUUAUCUUGGCGUUUGUGUUCUCUAAAGGGGCCCCUUACAGGAAGUCCAUAUUCAGUAACUAUGGGUUCUUGGUGUCACUAGUAUUUCUUACUGGCUUCACAUUGUACCUCGCUCUGGAUCCGGCACAGUGGCUGCGUAACGCAUUUGAACUCAUGGUGCCCCCUGUGAUGGACUUCCGUCUAAUUAUGGUGAUGUUGGCACUUGUGAAUACUGUGUUGGCAGUGUUUAUAGAGUACUUCAUUAUUGACUAUAUCGUGUCAAGGAAGUUGCGCUAUCGGUUCCACGACAUAGACAGAUCGCGCAAGAAGUUCCUGGCCGUGGAGUCGUCCCUGAAACGCAAUCGUCUCUGGCCACCGAUCACGAAAGAAGUUGUAAUGGAUGUUUCACCAGAGCCGUCGUGGAAACCGCCGUGCAGUCCGGCAGUCACGAGCGUGCGUGCCAUGGAAGUGGAGCUACCACAUGGAGAUGUGACGCUACCUUCCAAGGGGCGACAAUAUAGUGAUCGAUCAGUGACGGUCACCAGGAAUUCCACUGGGACUGUUGAUAGUGACGGUGCAUCCGCACCAGAAGUAAACCUGUCUGUGCCUGACGUUCAAUGAUGCGAGUACAGUUCACAUCUUUCUUAGUUCAGUUUGAUUUCGCCUCCCAGUAAAUGUAACGACCUCUGUCUGUCUCAGCUGUACAGUAUGAGAAAAAACGUCAUAAGUACAGCAACAGUUGAAGUUGCAAGAGCGGCAAAAUAUUAAUGUAUCGUCAGUAGAGUUUUGUAGCUUUCAGUGAUAUUAUUGUCAUAUUGACAUUUGUUGGGGGUGGGUAAGUGUUAAUGGAACAUUUUAUUAAAUUAGAAAGGAUUUGUAAGGAAGACUGGUUUAAGAAACUGUUUCAGAAUUUGCCUGGAGGAAAUUUGUUUCUGCUCGAAUAUCGGAAUUUAACGCCGAAUGAUCGCUUUAAAUUACGUGCUCAGUGGUAUCAGAACUUUGAAGUAUGUUUGGUGGUGUUAUAACAAAUUUAUGACGCGGUGCCACAGAUGAAUUCUUAGCAGCGUGACGAAGCCUCACUCAUUGCUUAAACUUGGAGUGUAGUGAAUAUAAAUGCUUCAGAAGUUCUGCUUUUGUCAUGGAAACACUGAAGUGAUGCACGUGGUUCGUUUCCCAACAUUAAUUUCCGGCGCGUCGUCGUCUUUUGAUCGGCCUGAUGGCCGCGGUAGCCGCGAUGCGGCCGUUCGCUGUGCUGACAUCGAGAGUGUUGGAAAUGGCAGUCGGUUCUUUGAAGGAAAUUUUGUGGUGGUUGUGGCCUAAAGCACCGAGAAUAUACGCAGACGAAGAAGACUCGUCGCGGGCCACGACCAAGGAAUAGACCUGCUGAAUUGAUGUGGUGGUUCAUCGUGUCUACAUGUAUAACGCUGAUGCCGCUUGGCGUUCGAUUCUAGGUUUCACCUAGAGCCUUCAGUAUGUGGUCUCGAUGUUUUGAGUGUUUUUUAUGGGCAAUUGGAAUCCUACGAUGGUAGAGGCCUGAGUUUUGCUGGGUGCAUGGAGACUCUACAGCAUCAAUUUAAUCUGCAGUUAUACAUGCGAGAAAUUGUUGUGGUGGUGUUAGUUUUGUGUUUUGACUUGUCUGAAUAGCCGCUUUGUCCUUUUUGUUCUUCUGCUUGCUUGCUGUACUAGCCAUUAGUCUCACUUAAGUGUGCAAAGUAGCAGGGCCUCCUCUUAGUUCCCCCGGUAAUUUGUCGAGUUAUUCCUGGUAACAAGGGGUCAUCUUUUGUCACCUUGAUUUAUGAAUUCCUUCUGACGUGAUAGCAGCGGAUACGCCAGGUUACUUUUGUUGCAGUGUAGGCAUCGUUGGCUGUCAUUACAGGGUAACGCAACCAGUGGCAACCGAACGCACUGGGUGACGACCAAUCCGAGCGUGGACUUUGUUUGAUACUGAUUCCGUGAUACGGCCUUUGUUACUCGGCUGGUCAACAUAUCCCACGUGGUCUUCUGGGUUGUGACGCCACGUGGUCUUGUAGGCGGUUAACAACAUUUUGAAGGAAUAUUUCCCUUACGUCUUUAGGGUAGAAUGUUGGCAACAACCUAGAAGGAUAUCCCACGUCAUAACCCAGAAGACGGCAGUCCGCAUUUUCACAUUGUGAAAAUCCAAAAUCUCAUAUAAGAUUUUCCAUUUUUAUGGAGCACAAAGUCCAUUCCCAUGACCACUGGACCCUGUUCUUUAAUAUUAUCCGGUUUUCUAUGCGGUCGGUUCACGUUUUGGUAUGAACAGAAAUGAUCGCAUUAGUUGAGGUGAUAAUUUGUCAGGUGUCGAAGAACACCAGUGGUAAGCCUGCUAGAAGAAUGAAACAAAUGCAGACAAAUGUAUUUAUUAUGUAAUAUGUAGUUUUGUAUGAAAUUAUUUGCACAGAAACGUGUACUUUCAAGUCUGAUGAACGUUGCUGAACGGUGGAAGAAGAUGGAUGCUCCGAAUCGACGGUGGCAGUGACUGCUCACAUUGUAAAAUAAAUUAUUGCAGUGGAUGAAUUUUUGGAGUUGGUUCCUGUUUUGUCAUUUUUGGGGGUAAUCGUUAUGAUGUCUGCAAUCAGUGGAUACGGUUUAAUUAAACAGUCCUGUGGAAAUAAUCAGCUGGUGGCUAAGACCACUUCCAACCGUGCUGCUGAGCAAUUCUAUUUGAAUAUGUAGCGUGUAAGUGUGUUUUGCGAUUUGAAGCCUGUGGUGGGGGGGGACAUGUGAACUUGGUGAGAUCUUCUUUGCAGGUGAAGCAUCUGUUACGUUUUACCUCACGUCCAUGUUAUAAUUUAUGUUGUAAUAUAAGACUGUGUUAUGUGCUCGCGUAUGUUUAAAAGUUUUCGGUAAAGGUAGUGGAUGAUUAAAUUUUAUGUUUUAUGAGAGCUGCUGCUGUUAGACAGCUCUCAGAAGUAAUUCUAAUCUGGGUGACAAAAAUGUUGAAAUAACGUCUGGAAAAGGAAUAUGUAAGAAGAGAAGGGCUGAGAUAAAGGAAAGGUACAAAUAGAUAAAUGAGAGGAAGAAAGAAUGAAAGUGUGAUAGAUAUCCCAGUUGAUUUUCGUUUGUGUUCUGAGGAGAGUCAAAGUGUUUGUAUUUUGAGUCAUUUCCUCGUAUAAUAAUUUUAUGAAUUUUAGAUAAUUUCUGUCCCUAGUUUAUUGGUAAAUCAUUAAUAUUUGUUGUUUCAUCACAUUUUUGUGAGACCAAAUAUUCAGUUAACUGUGUGCAAAUCAAGAUAUAAAUGCCAAUAAAAUUUUGGAAUAUUA